AUGUGGAGGAAUUUUAUCUACCUUAUACCCCUUCUGGGUACAGCUGUGGUAGCCGACGUGACAGACAGCUGUCCAGGCUACAAAGUCAGCCAUGUCCAACAGACAAAAGGUACAAUAACUGCCGAUUUGACGCUUGCAGGUUCGCCUUGCAAUGUCUAUGGCACUGAUAUUGAGAACUUGAAACUAAUUGUUGAAUAUCAGACGGACUCGCGCCUGCACGUCAAGAUAUACGAUGAAGAUGAAAAAGUCUAUCAAAUCCCUGCCUCAGUACUAGAAACUCCGUCGGGGCAGCCGCAGUCAUCCUCCAACCAGUCAGACUUGAUAUUCUCGUAUUCAGAAGCCCCUUUUUCUUUCGCUGUACAGCGCCGUUCCGACAGCGAAACACUAUUCAAUUCAUCCGGAUCUAACCUCAUUUUCGAAAGCCAAUAUGUUCGACUACGCACAUCUCUUCCCUUAAACCCCUAUCUCUACGGACUCGGAGAGGAUUCGGAUUCCUUCAGACUCGAAGUCAAUAAUUACAAACGCACUCUAUGGAACACCGGACAGGCCUACUUACCCACCAACGGACCCUUAUACGGCAGUCAUCCGUUCUAUAUUGAAAUGAGGAAUGGCCGAGCUCAUGGUGUCUUCUUAUCAAAUAGCAACGGUAUGGACAUCAACAUCAAUCAAACGUCCGGUACCUCUCAAUAUCUCGAAUAUAAUACUAUUGGCGGCGUGUUGGACUUCUACUUCUUGGCCGGACCUGCACCUGCUGAUGUUGCACGUCAAUAUGCUAGCGUCAUUGGAACGCCAGCUCAGCAAUCGUAUUGGACCUAUGGUUUUCAUCAAUGCAAAUAUGGAUACCAAGAUAUUAUGAUGGCUGCGGAGGUUGUAUAUAAUUACUCUCAAGCUGGAAUUCCCCUCGAAACUAUGUGGAACGAUAUUGAUUAUAUGGAUUUACGACGAACCUGGACUGUUGACCCUGACCGAUUCCCACUCGAAAAAGUGCAGGAAUUUGUGACAUAUCUGCAUGAAAAUCAGCAGCAUUAUAUCGUCAUGGUCGACCCCCCAGUCUCAAUAAAUGACAGCACAUCAUACAACAAUGGAGUGGAUGCUGGUGUUUUUAUUCAGUACGAUAACGGCACCGAAUUCCUCGCAGUUAUGUGGCCUGGAGCAGUCUCAUUCGUCGAUUAUUUCCAUCCCAACUCACAAAACUAUUGGAGUGGUCAAAUCGGUUCAUUCUUUAGUGACAGCAAUGGCAUAGGGGUGGAUGGCAUUUGGAUUGACAUGAACGAGCCCGCUAACUUCUGCGGAUAUCCUUGCAUUGACGCCGUUGACCUUGCUAUCCAAAUGUCGAACCCUCCCCAGCCACCUGCAGUUCGCACAUCCUGGGACCCCCUCCCUGGGUUUCCCGUUGAUUUCCAGCCACCAGGUGCUUCAAAAUUCAGGAGAGACUCGACAGCUGGGAACAUGACAGGGUUCCCGGACCGGGAUUUACUCAACCCGCCUUACACGAUUGGACAUGUACAACCGCUGUUGAGCACAGGUACCAUUUGGGGAGAUCUUUCUCUUUAUGGUGGGUAUACUGCAUAUGACACUCACAACCUGUAUGCAUCUCAAAUGAUUGCACACACUCGCCAAGGCCUUCUGGAUCGCCGGUCCAAUGAACGUCCCUUUAUUAUCUCACGAAGCACCUUUGCAGGGGAUGGAAGAAACGGAGGGCAUUGGACAGGAGAUAAUGCAUCAUGGUGGUCUCACUAUCUACUGUCAAUAUUCCAACACAUGGAAUUCGCUUCGAUCUUUCAAAUGCCUAUGGUGGGAUCUGACGUGUGCGGGUUCAACGACGAUACAACCGAGACUUUGUGUGCUCGCUGGGCUAUGCUUGGUGCUUGGUAUCCGUUCUACCGUAACCAUGCCGAUAUUGGAGCUAAUUUCCAGGAAUUUUAUCGCUGGCCGCUUGUUACCGAUGUUGCUAAGAAAGCCAUUGCAACUCGCUUCCAACUUAUGGAUUACUUCUAUACCUCCUUCUAUCAGCAGACCCUGGAUGGAUCUCCUACAACAAUUACUCCUUUGUUCUUUCAGUAUCCUGAAGACCCUAAUACGCUUGAAAUCAACUAUCAAUUCUUUUACGGGCCUUCGAUCCUUGUAUCCCCCGUUACCGUUGAAAACGCGACGAAUGCAACAUUCUACCUACCAGAAGAUACUUUUUACGAUUUCUGGACAGCGGAGAAAAUGCCAGAAACGGGUAUGGAUGUUUACUACGACAAUGUCACUUAUAUGGAUAUCCCAGUCCAUAUCCGUGGUGGCUCAAUUCUACCGCUCCGAACCAACGCCGAUCAAGUAAACACCACGACACAGCUACGUGAACAAGAUUUCGAGCUUAUCAUCGCCCUCGACGAUAACGGCAAGGCCAAGGGAAAUCUUUAUCUUGAUGACGGGAUAAGCAUCAACUCGACCAGCAGCUUUAUGGAAUUUACUUACAAUAAUGGUCAAUUGGUUGUCAACGGGACAUUUGGUUACCAAACUAAUGUUACCCUGCAAUCCGCAACAAUUUACGGAACAAACGACACAACUUCGCCUAUACAUUCAUUGAACAAAGCGCUUAAUUCGGCAUGGAAAGCUGAGCUUAGCUCCUCAAAUAGCACUGUUCGUUCCGGAUGA